AUGGGUACUGCGAAAGAAAUGAUGAUGGAGGAAACCUCGGAUUCGGAGUGGGAGACGGUCCAACGGAGGAAACGAGAAACCGCAAUAGAGACGGGACGAAAUAGGUUGGAGGGGACACGGAGGCAGGAGGAGGCAAGGACCCCCAAAGAGAGGAAGGCUAUAAGGGAUACGCCGAGGAAAAGGCCGAUCAGACCGCAGGCAAUCGCGGUCCGCUUCGGGAAAGAAACUUCGUUUGCGGAUAUCCUCAAGAAGGUAAAGGGGGCGGCGGGCCCCGCUCCCGAGGGGGUCAAAACGGUAAAGCAGACGCGUGCCGGGAACCUAUUGAUAGAGUUUGCACAGGGAGCGGACCUGGAUAACUUUAAGAAAGUGAUAGAUGGUAAACUAGGCAUGAACGUCGAGGUGGCGAGCCUACAACAGAGAGCGGAUAUUGAACUAAAAGGAAUAGAUCCCUCGGCGGACAAAACAGAAGUAAUGGAGGCAAUAAAGAGGGAACUGGGAUAUGAUGCAAACGAUGUUAAGAUCAAGGUGUUCAGGACGGAUCCGCGGCAAAAUAAAAUUGCCAUUAUAGAGGGCCCUGCUGUGGAAAUGGGGAAGCUCACUAAGAAAGCCAGAAUCAGAAUAGGCUGGACAACAGUCCCGGUUAAGGAAAUCCCACGUCUACUGAGGUGCUACAGGUGCCAUGAGUUCGGGCACGUGGCAAGCAAUUGUAAGAAUUGUAAGGAGGGGAAAAGUUACUGCAGGAAGUGCGGUAGCGAAGACCAUGAUAUGAGGGGAUGCGAUAAGGAGCCAAGGUGUAGGUUAUGUCUUAAAGACAAACUACCGGAAGAGGAGGUUAAACACGUGGCUGCCUCGGUGAGAUGCAGAAGGGCAGCACAUGAUCUACUGAUGACCUCAGCAAAUAAGUAUGAGGUUGAUAUUAUUAUAGUGUCGGAACCGUAUAGGGUGAUGGAAAACUGGUUUGUGGACAAUACAGGCAGAGCAGCGAUAUGUAUAACCAGUAAAGGGUUGGAUGUGGGCAGAAAUGUGUCACUAAUUAAAAGUGGGGAUGGUUUCGUGGUAAUUAAAUAUAAUAGUUUUUAUAUAACCAGUGUGUACGCGUCCCCUAAUGAUACAAUGCAAGGAUUCGAAGCUUUGCUGGCCUCACUGGCAAUGGAGGUACGAUCUUUGGCUGCUAGGCAAGAUGAGAUAAUUAUUAUGGGGGACUUCAAUGCGAAAUCCCCACUCUGGGGUGCAGACAAAUGGUGUAACCGGGGGAGAGUACUGCUCCAGUUCUGUAACUCGGCAGAUCUCCUUACCACAAUCACGAAAGGAGGGGCCACGUGCGACCGGGGAAGAGGCACCAAGAUCGAUAUAAUGACCUGUAACAGAAAGGCAUUAUAUAGUCUUACGGAAUCGAUGGUGGUGGAGGAUUUCACGGCAUCAGACCAUAGGUAUCUGCUUCAUACAUUUAACCUGACCAUAGCGCAGGAUGUAAGAGCCUCACCCUUUGAUAUUAAGAAAGGCAAGUUAGACGAAGAAGGUUUUGUGGAGGCUUUCGUUAAUAAGUAUGGCGACGAUAAGUUCGAAGCACGCCCUCGAACACAUUCCACCGUUGAAGUAGAUAGGUUCCUUGAGGAUCUUGAAAGGUUGGUUAAGCGGCACACAAGGUAUAACGGUUCCGCGCAUGGUAAACGAAUACCAGUCCCCUGGUGGAAUGAGGAGAUAGCGUCGAAAAGGAAGCUUGCACAAACAGCAAGACGAAGGCUUACCAGAGAUAAGGCUGGUACGGACCUGGAGGCUAUUCAGAGAGCAUCGUUGGCAUAUAAGAAAUGUAAGCAAGACCUAAAUAGGGAAAUAAGGAAUGCCAAAAGGGAGAAUUGGGCAAAACUACUACAGGAGAUCGACAGGGAUAUAUGGGGUAGACCGUAUAAAGUUGUAAUGAGGACGAUUAAAAAUAAGGAUACUACACCAGAGGUACUAUCCCCGGAUGAGGUGGACAACAUAGUAGCCAAGCUGUUCAUAUUAGAACCGGACCUGGAGGAUCUCGGAGGUGAAACGGAUGGCAAUAGGACAGCGGAUGUACAAGAGGGGAGCCAGGAUGGAGGGGGUCACUCACAGUAUCAUACCGAAAUCACGCAAGAAGAAGAGAGGAUAUUGGCCAACGGCGUGGAAGACCGGGAGACUGGUGCUUCUGCCCAAGGGAACCAAGACCCCCACGUCCGAAAGAGCCUAUAG